AUGUUUUUAAAUAUUUUUCAGUUAAUUUUGAUAAUUUUUAUUUUAAUUUAUUUUUUAUUAUUUUCUUUUAAUUUUAAUUUUCUUUUUACUAUUUUUUUGGUUAUUUUAAUUGGAAGCAUUAUUUUGGAAUUUAGAAGAUGGGCAACAACAUUGACUGGAUUAAAGGCUAUUCUUUUCUUAACGAAUUUUCUAUUUUUUGGCGUAUUAUUGCUUUUAUGGCUACCAACCUCAAUAUGUUUACGCCUACCAAAAUGCUUCUUAACAAAUUUAUUUUGUCACCAACAAGACAAUCCUUCAAUUAUUUCAAUUUUUAGUUUAUUAAUUACUUCAAUUAUUUUAUUCCAAAAUUUGUUGAAAAGAUGGAUUCUUUUAUUACGUCAAAAAAUAAUUUUGGAAAAUUUAAUUAAAUAUCCUUUACUUUGUGCGACGUUUUUUAAUCAUUUUUGUGUUAGAAUGGAAAUGGCCUGUGAAGAUGAUGAGGAAGAUAAAGAGCUUUUUGAUAGUUGGAUCAAUGGUUUUGGCAAACAAUUAAGAAGUAAAAUUUCAGUGGGUUUUGAAGGUUCUACUAAAAUAUCUGAUCAGAAGAAAAAUCAAAAUAAAAAAUCUGUUCAAUUUAAGAAAUCAGUUUCUUUAAUUAAUUUUACACAAAAGGUUGGCUAUCGAUUAACGAAGAAAAGUAAAAGUGCAAAAUAUAUAAGUUGUCAUCAUCAAGGCCAUUAUUGUACAAUUGAAAGUGCUGGAGAAUUGGCAGCUGGAGAAUCGCCCAAAAAAAUUUUAUCAACAAAACCAAAAGUUCCGACAACUCCAAUACCCCAAACAACACCAACAGACCCGCUAGGGCCACCAUUAAAACAUCAACCAACGUUGUUAUCUCCUAUUACGCCUGAGGGUAAAUUUUUUGUAGAAAAGUCAAACCUCCCUAUAAGAUACGCCCUCGAAAAUUGUCUCUUAUAA